AUGUCUGAUCUACCUCAGGAUGUGGUAGAUGAGAUUCUCUCUUGUGUUCCGGCAACAUCUCUGAAACAAUUACGAUCUACUUGCAAACAUUGGAAUGCUUUACAAAAAGACCAAAGAUUCACCAAGAAACACUUUGGUAAAGCAUCAAAGCAGUUUUUGGUUUUCAUGUUGCAUGAAGAAAAGUUCUUUUCACUAAGCUUCAAUCUCCAUGACAUUGACAACAACGUUGAUGAUCCGUUUAUAUUGUUCAAAGUUGAACAUGGCCUUACUCAGAAGAUAAAACAAGUCUUGUCUCAUUGUGAUGGUUUAUUACUAUGUAGCACCAAAAAAGACAAGGUCGUGGUUUGUAACCCUUGUACUGGUGAAACCAAACUCAUCAGACCUUGUACUGUAUACGAAGAAUGUUUUGUCUAUGCUUUGGGAUACGAAGACAACAAAUCUUUCCGUAACUACAAAAUCUUGAGAUAUCAAAUAACUUACCCACUUGUUCAGCUUGAAAUCUACGAUUUUACCUCUGGUACAUGGAGGGUUCUUGAAGUCAAUGAACCCUCCAUUGUAAACCCUUAUGGUGUGUCUUGGAAGGGGAACUCUUAUUGGCUUGUAUGGGAAUUGGAUAGUUAUCUAUUAAGUUUUGAUUUUACUACAGAGAGUUUUGGACAUUUGUGUCUUCCCUUUAAGGAUAAAAAAUAUGCUAUAGCUCUAUCCAUUGUUAGAGAAGAGAAACUAUCAGUGUUGAAUCAGAGGACUGGAUCAUUAAAGAUUGAUGUAUGGGUGGCGACCAGUGAUAAGAUUGAUGGGAACAUAGUCUUGUCGUGGGAAAGAUUUUUGGUAGUGGAUAAUGUCGAUUUUUACGGCUGUUGUCCGUUUUCGUCUUGUGUAAGCUUCUACGUCGACGAGGAGAAAAAACUGGUUGUGUUGUGUUGUGAUAGUAGAAGGAUAUAUGGAGCCAUGACAAAAGUCCAAGACAUGGUACUUGUUAUUGGGGAGUGUGGUGUAUACAGAGAGAUUAGAUUUGGAGAAUCUGUGCAAAAAUUAGGGCAAGGGGUUAUGUUCAACUAUGCUCCAAGUUUGGUUCGAAUUCAUCAAGAAAGUAUACUAAUGCCUAGUUUAGGCAAAAGAAAAGCAAGAAACUUGUCGAUUAAAGCGGUAACAUAA